AUGUCUUCCACGGCAUUCUUGGAUAUUUUCUGGAUAGACGAAUAUAUGCAAUGGGACCCAUCCAACUAUAAUAACACUAACAUCAUAUACGUUCAACAGAGUGCUAUAUGGAAACCAGACAUUGCUUUGAAAAAUGGUUUUACAAAACUUAAGGAGCUUGGGGAUGACUUUUUACUGACUAGAAUAUCGAACGACGGUCACAUCGAAUGGCGUCCUUUCGAGGUGUUCGAGACGAAAUGUUCUAUUAGCAUAGAGUAUUUCCCUUUUGACAAACAAACAUGCGACAUCAAAUUUGGAGUUUGGAUGACCCCACUGAGUGACGUUGACGUUGAGCUAGGCAGUAAAGGAAUAUUACUAGAUGAAUAUCAGCCGAACGGUGAAUGGGAUAUUAUCAAAACAUCUUCAAACGCAACGCAAUCAAAUCUGGAUGGAGCUGUUGUCACGUUCUCUAUCACGGUAAAGAGGAAACCUCAGUACAUUUCAUACAACGUUGUGCUUCCCAUUGUCAUGUUGUCAUUGCUUUCUAUCUUUGUAUUUGCUCUACCCGUUGACAGUGGAGAGAAGAUGGGCUACAUCAUGACAGUGUAUCUGGCAUUUGCAGUUUUUCUAACAAUUGUAAGUGCGUCACUUCCAUCUAGCGCCUCCAUGUCGUUACUGAGUUUGUACCUGAUAUUACUUCUGUGUAUGGGAACAGCAAUUGUCAUGAUUACGACACUGGAACUCCGAAUCCACUACCGAGACAGUUCUCGUGCCAUUCCCAAGUUUGCUAGAUGCAUGAUUCGUUUCAGCAAAACGUUCCGCUGCCUCAAGUCUACUCAGAAAGUACAGGAUGUAAGCCAAUUCGAGGAACGCGUUUCAAAAGACAAGAAAACCCCAGAAAACGCCAAGUCGGUAGAGGAGCCGACUGUCGUUAAAGCAUUCGAAGAACCAGAAUCGAGUGAAGAGUUCACUUGGCCUGAUGUGACGUCAGCAAUUGAUUUCUUCUGCUUCUGGUUCUUUUUGCUGGCAAACAUAUCAAUGACGGUUACUAUAUUUGUGAAUGGCUACUUUCUGAGCAAUAAUUAGAUAAUAUAUAUUUUAUCUGAUAAAAUGGAAGCAUGUCGUGUCGUGUUGUUAUACUGGCUAUUCAGGAAAUCGAAACUUUGAAUGAUAUUUGACGAGCUUAAGCUUGUUGCCUAUUUCGACAACAUAUUCUAUGAAACAAAAUGUAAAUGCUCUACCUUCAAAGUACACCACUGUAUUCUUUAGCAAGUUGUUAUCUGCUUUGAUUUGCUCUCUGGAAUAUGCCACUACUCAGGCUUAGGUGUAUAAAUAUGGUAUUAUUUUUUUUAUCAACCCAAAACCCUAGAACGACAAGAGGAUCACUUCCGAUAUUCUUGGUAGGGUUCCAUGGCAUCUAUUUGUAUUUGACUUAUUCAAAUGAUAUUAAGCAUUAAGCCAGUUAUAUCAUCUAUUUGUUCAUAUGCUACCUCAGGCUCCGAGGUCAUGAAUCGGUCUUAUGUCUAAACUUGUCUAAAGUUUUGACUUUAUCAGUUAUAAAUAACGUAAUGAAAACGUGACGUCAAAGCAAACGCCUAAAGUCUAUAAUUGUUUCUCGAUCUACGGACCAUGCUUUUAAAAUGUUUAAAAACAUAUCAUAUAACAUCGAUAGUAAAUAUGAUAAAAGACAGGCGUUGAAAAUAAGCCUUACAUUCCAUUAAAAAAAAGCGGCAUUCCCGCUUAUGAACAUAUUUGACAAUUUGUUAUCAUAUUUCAAGAUAUUAUAAUCAAAAUGAUUUUAGGACAUUUACAUGUGUUCAUAAAUAAUUUACCAGCUCAUUAUAUGAUCAUCACGUGAUCGAAAAUGUUGCUUUGAAAUAGUUAGCCUUGAAAAUAAUAUUUGGAUUUUGUGUAGAAACUCGUUUUUUUAUUUUGCC